AUGGCCAGUUUGGAGGCUCGACGCUUACUUGAAGUUGUCAUUCUUAAUUACAUGGUUAAGAGAGGUUUCCAUCAGACUGGUGAGGUAUUCGCCAGAGAAAUUAAUGCUAAUCCAAAUCCUGUUGCUAUCAAUUCUCCUGAAGGAUGUCUGCAAGAGUGGUGGAAUAUAUUUUAUGAAGCAUUCAGCUCUAGGUUCCCUGAGGUUGCUCUAUUCGCGGCCGAAUCCUUUGAUAAGGUCGCACAGACAGUGGAGAACGUUGUGUCUAAUAUCGGUCCUGUAAGUUCAACCUAUGCUCCUUAUCAUACAGGAGAAAACAUCUCUACUGUGACGGCAUCCUCUCCUAUGAUGCCGUCCCCUCAUUUGAUGGCAUCCUCUCCUGUGAUGGCAUCCAACGGUCCUGAUCUUAUGGACCCCUAUAUUUCAGAUUUGUUGUCAUCCAUUUGUCCCAACUUGUUGCCAAAUUUAUCUCCUCCAAUGGCAUCUAUUACUCCUGAAAUGAUGCCAACAGGGGGAGAUGUCCUUCAGAAUGGCUGUUCAAUCAUGCCAAGGACAGGGUAUAUUCUGCCCAGUUUCACACAAUUUUCUGUUGGACCAAAUAUUCGGAUGGUGCAAGGGCAACCAUCAUUAGAUCUGCUGCCCGGAAGAAUGCAAGAGCAAGCCCAGCAUAUGACUCCUUUAAGAGACGUGACAUCAAUUUUAAAGUUUCUUGAGAUUAAUAAAAUGGAUGGCAUGCUUCCAUCUGCAAGCAACUCUGGCUAUCCAAUUCAGCAAAUUCCAACGGUUCCUCCACAGUGGGAGGGCAGAGGCGACAGACGUGGUAUAAACUUGGAAGGACCUAUGCAGAUGGAACCAAAUCUUUAUUUGCCUCCAUGGCCAGAACAUUCUGACGCGGGGAACAACAGAUCUCUCCAACAAGCAUCUCAUCAAGGAUGGCCGUUAGUUGGAGUUGGCCCAGUUUCCCCUGUCAUUAACCAUCAAGUUGUACAUCCUAGUGUAAUAGUACCGACUCAAAAGGAACAGUUUUUGAGAACUAAAUUCUCUCCUCAACAGGAUGUUUUACCAGAAGUGGCAGUUCAAACAUUGGAUGAGCUCAACUUUCCUGCCCCUGCAAGUUCUGGUGAUUUCAAUCGUAUGCUCAUUCAAGCUGGCUCGAGUGNAUAA